AUGGCCGGGAUAAUGCCUCCUGGAAAACUAGUUACGACCGGGAAUGUGGCGGAUAACUGGAAAGUAUGGAAACAAAUGUGGGGCAACUACAUGGUCAUUGCUCAACUCGAGCUGAAACCGCCGGCGUACAAAGUCGCAUUGUUUCUCCACUGUAUCGGUGUUGAUGCGUUAAAGAUUUUUAACGGCUUCCAAUUCGACACUCCAGACGAUAGACAUGAUCUGGCAAAGAUAAUACAAAAGUUCGACGAAUUCACCAUCGGCGAACUGAACGAAACCUUUGAAAGGUACACUUUCAACUCCAGAACUCAACAGGAAAACGAAAGCAUUGAUGCUUAUGUCACCGCCCUUCGCACACUAGCGAAAACAUGCAAUUUUUGUGACUGCAUGCGUGAUUCGAUCAUUCGCGACAGGAUCGUCCUGGGCAUUCAAGAUCACCGCACUCGCAAACGGCUUCUACAAGAACGGAGCCUCACCCUGGCGAAGUGUAUCGAUCUUUGCAAGAGUUCUGAGGCAACAAAUUUGCAAUUGAAAACGAUCUCGGGCGCCCAGAACGAAGAUGUUCACGCUGUGCAAGAUAAACACCCGCCUUCCAGCCGCCGUGAUUACAAGUCUAGGAAAAGCCGCGCGGGGAAGACGAAGACCUGUAAAUUUUGUGGCAAAGCACAU